CUUUGCUUCAUAUAUAUGUCUGCUGCUACUUCUAUGCCAUAUGCCUUCAAACAACACUGCAUUCUAUUCCUAAUCGUCUCUCUUCUCUCUGUUGUCAUCUUAGGUGGUGGAGAUCUAAUGGAGAUCAAAUGGGUAGUGCCUGUCAUGGCCAUCACAGCCUUAUUGUUGUUAGUUUCAAUGUGUGGAAGCGCAAACGCAGGAUUAAUAAAGGAAAAGAAGAAGGUGUGUACUAAGGGGUGGGAGUGCAAAGCGUCGGUCUACUGCUGUAACCACACCAUAUCUGAUUAUUUCCAGACGUACCAAUUUGAGGAUCUCUUCGCCAAAAGAAACACUCCUGUUGCUCAUGCUGUUGGCUUCUACGAUUACCAUUCCUUCAUUACAGCGUCGACGGACUUCCAGCCAAAAGGCUUCGGCACCACCGGUGGAAAGCAGAUGCAGAUGAAGGAAGUGGCUGCGUUCCUUGGCCACGUUGGCAGUAAAACUUCCUGUGGUUAUGGUGUUGCCACUGGAGGUCCAUAUGCCUGGGGACUCUGCUACAACCAUGAAAUGAGCCCAGCCCACUCCUACUGUGAUUCCACUGACUACAACUUCCCCUGCGCACCUGGUGCUGAAUACUACGGUCGAGGUGCCUUGCCUGUCUACUGGAACUAUAAUUAUGGAGCCGUUGGAAAAGGCCUGAAGGUUGAUCUGUUGAACCAUCCUGAGUACCUGGAACAGAAUGCCACCCUUGCCUUCCAAGCUGCUAUAUGGAGAUGGAUGACCCCUGUCAAGAAGCACCAACCAUCUGCCCACGAUGUCUUUGUUGGCAAUUGGAAGCCUACCAAGAAUGACACCUUGUCAAAGCGUGUUCCUGGCUUUGGAACCACCAUGAAUGUUCUGUAUGGAGAUCAGGUCUGCGGUCAGCGUGAAAAUGAGUCCAUGAACAAUAUCGCCUCUCAUUAUCUGUAUUACCUCGACCUGAUGGGUGUUGGCCGGGAGGAGGCAGGAACCCAUGAAGUCUUGACUUGUGAGGAGCAAAAGGCUUUCAAUCCUUCCUCUACAUCUGCAACUUCUUCUUAAACAACAUGAGAGAUAUAAGGUUCUAAGGCACCUCCAUCCAUCAUCCCUCAAUAAUUGAAUUCCGGUAUAUAAUGUUUUUUUUAUUUUGUUUGCAAGUAUCAAAUUGGCAAUGGGAUUGCUUUGUUUGUAGAUAUUGCACGUUUGCCUUCUGUUACCAACCUGUUGUAUGAAAGAGACCAACUUAUAAAAGCAUCAUUUACAGUGUGAUUCAUUA